GUCGAGCGGAUUCGGGCAGAAUUUCGCUGCAGCGUCUGGUCACACUGUCGGCAACGCCAGCUCGCCUCAGCAACGCGAAUCCGCUCAUUUCAAAUUUUCAAACUCCCGAGAGCGGUUGCGGCGGUGUCGAUACAGCGGCUCCUGAAUCCAUCCGAAUCCGAAAGCGAAUCGCAUCCAGCCAAGAUAUCCUAUCGUGCAACUGAAACCCGAAACCCGAAUCCGAGUUCGAAACGAAACGAAUCGCAGUGGUGGUUCCUCUCUCGCUCUCUAGUUCUCCCUCUCUCUCGCGUGUGUGAGUGUGUGCGAGUGGCAGGAAAAGUGCGAAGCCGAAAUCUUUUUAGCUGAAAGAAAGCGCAACUUCAAUCAGCGAAAAGCAAGAGUAGCGAAAGAAAAGCGGAUCGAAAAGAAAAGAAAAAAAACCAAAAAACCAAAAGCAACAAAUCGAAAUGGCAAGCGAAGUGGCCCAAAUACCCGCCGAGGAAACGCCCGCAGUGGCGUCGGCGGAAAAAUCAGAGGAGCCGGAAAAGUCAGUGGCCCCGCCAGCGGACUCCUCGGCCGCUCCAGCUGCCGCCCCCGCAGUGGAAAAGGCGGAGGAUGCCGAUGGCGAGAAGAAGGACGGCGAGGCCGGAAAGCAGGACAAGCAGCCGGAUAGCGAGGAGCCCAAAAAGGACGAGGCGGUGGCAGCCCCUGUGGCGGCCAAAUCUGAAGCCCCGCCCGCCCAGAAAUUCAAUGUGCACAAGACCAACUUCGAGAAGGACAUCAUCUAUCUGUACCAGUUCUCGCGAACCCCGCUGCUGCCCUCCCUGUCGCCCUACUGCCUGAAGGUGGAGACCUGGCUGCGUCUCGUGGGCCUGAAAUACGAGAAUGUUGAUCAUAAGAUGCGUUUCCGCUCCAAGAAAGGUCAGCUGCCGUUCAUCGAGCUGAAUGGGGAGGAAAUCGCCGAUUCGGCCAUUAUCAUCAAGGAACUGUCGUCCAAAUAUGAGAAGAACUUGGACUCGGGACUCACCGCCGAGCAGAGGAAUGUCUCGUACGCCACGAUUGCCAUGCUGGAGAACCAUCUGAUCUGGAUAAUCUUCUACUGGCGCGCCAAGUAUCCGGACAAUGUGCUCAAGGGCUACAAGGUCAACUUGCAGCACGCCCUCGGCCUGCGGCUGCCCAACUCCAUUCUGAACUUCUUCUUUAAGAUCACAUUUGGUCGCAAGUGGUUCCAGGGCACGAAGAAGCUGAAGGCGCAUGGCAUCGGUGUCCACAGCGCCGAGGAGAUCGAGGAGUUCGGCAAGAACGACCUGAAGGUUCUCAGCGAGAUGCUCGACUGCAAGCCGUUCUUCUUUGGCGACGAGCCCACCACCCUGGAUGUGGUGGCCUUCGCGGUCCUGUCGCAGCUCCACUAUCUGUCCAAGGACAUUGCGUAUCCGCUGCGCGACUACAUGACCGAGAAGUGCCCCAACUUGAUUGGCCACGUUUCUCGCAUGAAGGACAAGUGCUUCCCCGACUGGGACGAGAUCUGCACGAAGCUGGACCUCAAUGCGCACAUUCCCAAGCCAGAGCCCGAGACCAAGGAGGGCAAGGAGGGUGGCGAGCAGGAGAAAUCAAACGAACAGGAGGGCACUGAGGGCGACAAGAUCGAGAAGGAGUUGGAGAAGGACAAGUCAAACGAGAAGGAGUCGACUGAGGAGAACAAAGAGAAGGAGGAAACAAAGUAAAUUCGCCGUUAGUUAUAUGCGUACAUAUAUCUAGUAUAUGUGUAUGAUCAAAGGAAACAAAAACACCCACAUACACACACAUUAUAUAUAUAUACAUAUGUAGUACGAUACUAUAUAGUAAGGCCCUAUAUAGCUAGGCGCUACGCUCUCAUAUAUAAGCAUUCAGACAUCAGAAAACCACUCGAAAAACAAAAAAAAAACAUCAAGAACACCCAUUUACAAACCUAGGACAACUGUAAAGCAAAAGCAGGCAAAACCAUCAGCAAGAGAACGAUCCACUAAGUAAUGAGAAAAACAAAAAGCAUAUACAAUAACGUAACGUAAAACUUUGGACAUCUUUUUUUAUAUAUUUACAUGACGACGUUUGUAUUACAAGAACAAGAAACAAAAAGCAAAAAAUGAAGAAAACGUAAAAAAAAACCGUAAAAACCAUUUAGUAUAAAAUUAUAAAAGUUUAUACGUAUAAAUAUUAAGACGAUGAAUGAAAGCGAUGAGAGCGGGGGGAGAAAUUAUAAAAAAUUAGUUAAAGAACUCGAAUAAAACAAAGAACAAGUGAGCAAGACGUGAGUAAAAAGAGUGAAGCCAGAUAGGAUGAAAAGUAAGGGGGGUGUAGAACAGCAUUCAAUACGCAUUAAUCAUUAGUUUUCAUUCAAAAGCGAUCUAUAUAAUACACUCAUCGACACUCACACUCACUCUCACACACACUCUACACACAUAUACAUAGCAUAUGCAGCAACAAUUGCAACUCGAUGGUAUUGUUUACUCUUCCAAAAUUGAUUAAGCUUAAAGUAACGAAAGGAUCCGCAACCAGUACGAUAGGAAGAUAUGAUAUGGCGCAUAGUGAUGGUUAGUAGGGAUGGCAUGCAAUGGGGAUGAGAAUGCGAAUGGUAUAGGAAUGAUAUAACGGAAUGACGGCAAUUAAGUUUAUUUUUUAUAUAUAUAUGAUUGCAAAUAGUAAUUUUGAUUCUCGUGUGCAAAUAAUUAAACAAAAUGGAUAAAAUUUAUUACUUAUAAUUAUAUACAUAAACAUUAUAUACGCCCAUUAUGCAUAAAGAUGUGUAUAAAAAAAACAAAACAAACAACAAAGCAUAAAA